UAUAUACCUUAACCCCCAUUUUCUUUCUCACUACGACAAAACCCUAAUCUCAAACCCUUGCAAACUUCACAGAAAUCUCCAAUUGUUGUUUUUUCUUUCUAAUGGCUUCAUCACUUGCAUUGAGAAGAGCUGCUCAAGCUCCUAACCUUGUGAAAACUCUUUUCCGAUCUUCCUCUGUUUCAGUCAAUCCAGCUCAUUCCUUUUCUCGAUCAUUCAAUAGCAAUGCUUCUGCAGAGAUGAUUCGUGACCACGGUGAAGAUGAACAUGCCAUGGAUGUUGAUCGUAGAUCCCCUGAUCCUUUCUCUCGUCGACGUUUCUAUUCCCCAAAUCUGCUCUCAGAUGCUUUUGAUCCAUUUUCUACAAGAGAUUAUGAUUUAGGCUCGUUGUAUGGGAUGUUGGAUAAUGUGAUGAAGAACCCAUUUGUGAAGCCUAGUGUUUCAAGAGGAACAAGUGGGCUAAGAAGAGGAUGGAAUGUGAAAGAAGCUGAAGAUGCUCUGCAUUUGAAGAUUGAGAUGCCUGGACUUGGUAAGGAGAAUGUCAAAGUCUCUGUUGAACAGAACACACUUACAAUCAAAGGAGAAGGAGAGAAAGAAGACGGGGAUGAUGAUGCUGAGAAUGUAAGAAAGUAUAGCAGCAGAAUUGAACUUCCACAGGAACAUUACAAGUUGGAUCAAGUCAAGGCUGAGAUGAAGAAUGGUGUUCUUAGAGUUUCUGUCCCUAAAGUUAAAGAAGAAGAAAAGAGGAAUGUUCAUCACGUCAAUGUCGAGUAGAGAGUUAGGAAUUGAUGUUAAUUUAUAUCUCCUUGUGCUUUGCUUCAAGAAUUUCUGAACUUUCAUGGUGGAUGUAGAAGAAUUUCUGAGUUUUGGGAUUUAGCUUUAUAUUGUUUUUUUUUUUCCUUUUUCCUUUUUUUGAGAUUGUGAUCUUUAGAAGAAAAUUUUGAUUUGCCAAUAGUUACAUUUAGGCUUACUGGUGAACAAGGGAAUUUGCUCAGCCAUAUAUGAGAUGCAAGUUUGCA